AUGUCAAGACCAGAGCUCGUAGCACCUCCAGAAAUAUAUUAUGGCGACACAGAAGCGAAGAAAUACACUUCUAACACACGAAUACAACAGAUACAAAGCGACAUGACAUACAGAGCGCUUGAACUACUCAACUUACCUGAGGGCGAACCGAAAUUUCUGCUUGAUAUUGGGUGUGGUUCUGGGUUGUCUGGCGAGAUCUUGGAUGAAGAAGGACACAUUUGGGUUGGUGUGGAUAUCGCUCCUAGUAUGCUAGAGGUCGCACUGGAACGUGAAGUAGAAGGCGACUUAUUCCUACAUGAUAUCGGGCAAGGAUUCGGGUUCAGACCUGGAAGUUUUGACGGAGCCAUUAGCAUAUCCGUCAUCCAAUGGCUCCUAAACGCAGAAACCUCCCAUCCUUCCUCCUCACCCCCAGCCCGUCUCACGCGCUUCUUCACCUCCCUCCACGCCGCUCUUCGCAACCCCUCACGCGCCAUCCUCCAAUUCUACCCUUCCUCAGAUGACCAAAUCCAUCUCAUCACUUCUAUUGCCCAGCGAGCUGGCUUCGGCGGAGGUGUCGUUGUGGAUUACCCGAAUUCCAAGAAAGCUAGAAAGGUAUUUUUGUGUUUAUUCGUUGGCUCGGGCGGUGGAGCGCAACAGGUCCCGAGGGGACUUGAAGGUGAGGAAGAAGAGGAUGUUAGAGAGAAGACUGUUGCAUAUGAGAGGAGAAGAGAAAAAGAGCGGAAGAGAUCGAGAGGUGGGAAACGCCAGGACGUUAAGACCAAGGAUUGGAUUUUAAAGAAAAAAGAGCUGUAUCGCCAACGAGGGAAAGAAAGCGUGCCCAACGAUUCGAGAUAUACUGGCCGGAAGCGAAGAGCAGUUUUCUGA